CAGCCCCCUUCCCAGUUAACGGUAACCAUAGCUCACUAGCGCCACGCAGGCCUGUAUGACCGUCACGCCACAAAACAUCACAGGCUUCUGUUGACUGGGGCGAAAUUACACGGUGUUUGAUGUGACGUGGCUUUCCUCUUUGGCCGGAAGAGACGUCACUGUCUUUGCUUGCUUGCUGCUGGAGAGCUGAAGCAUUGCUCGAACCGGGAGUAAAAACUGAACAAAACGUCAAUUUAAAAUAAAAUAAUGGUGACAGAUGUGCAGCUGGCCAUAUUUGCCAACAUGCUUGGCGUCUCCUUAUUCCUGCUGGUAGUGUUAUAUCACUAUGUUGCUGUGAAUAACCCCAAGAAGCAGGAGUAGAGUUGUACAAUAUGACUGCAGAGGUGAGAUGGCAGUCAAAGCCACCACAUUGGACACAGCAUUCCCCCCUAUCCUGGCUUCUUUCCAAGAGAUGGAAUUUCUUUGUUUGCACAAUAACCUUUUUUUCUAAUAAACAUGUUUGAAUUUCA